AAGGCGCUGCUUGUCAGUCAGACUUUGAACAACGUACUGGCGCUCAUCACUGCCGACCCCCGAACGACCGCUGCUGCUGCUGCUGUGGCUGAUACAGACAGUCGUCACCGUCGAGCAUCUCUCUGCAACACUCUCCAGGAUGCACUAAAGCGGAUAGAAACCCGAGGGCAGCAGCACCGUUGGGAGCGAACAGAGUCCGAACCGUCGCUGCGCCGCCGUGACGUCCGCGGGAGUUACGAUGGUCCGGUCAAGGGAUAUUCUCUUCGCCUUGCUGCUCGUUGGCUCCGCGGUUUCACUUGAAGUGCAGAUCAUGCCCAGUCAUGGUGAAAUCAGUUUGGGCGACUCGAAAUUCUUCAUGUGCGAAGUUGUAGGUGCUGCCAAAUUCAUCGAUUGGUAUGGACCAAGUGGGGACAGGAUAGAGCCCAACAGACCAGACAUAACAGUAACCCGCAACGAUGAGUCAUCGUCCACCCUCACACUGUACAAAGCUGUGAGUGAAAAUGCAGGAACGUACAAGUGCGUCGCAUCCAUGGGAGACCAACAAGCCGAAGCAACUGUCAACGUGAAAAUAUUCCAAAAAAUCACUUUCACUAACGCGCCAUCGCCUCAAGAGUUUACGGAAGGAGACAACGCCAACAUCAUCUGUGACGUCAUCAGCUCGCCUCCACCGACGGUAAUCUGGAAGUAUAAAGGAGCCACAAUACAGAUGGAAAAAGACGUUCGCUUCAAGAUACUCGCCAACAAUCACCUUCAGAUUCGAGGUAUAAAGAAGACAGAUGAAGGCUUCUACACCUGUGAGGUCCGACUCAUGACCCGUGGCGAAAUCGAUCUGCGGAUGAUCAAGGUUGUUGUAAACGUGCUCCCCACCAUCAGAAUAUGGCAGACAGAGGUUAAUGCCACGGCAGACAUAGGGCAGCCAGCCAUGUUGACCUGUGCUGUUGAUGGCUACCCUGAACCCAUGGUGACCUGGACAAGGAACCAGGUUGUUCUGGAAGCCGGAGAGAAGUACAGUUUUAACGACGACGGCUCCGAGAUGUCACUCAUGGACGUCACCAAGCUUGAUGAAGGAGAAUACACCUGCAUCGCCAAGAACAAGGCAGGGGAGAGUGAAAAGGAGCUCAGUCUGCGAGUAUUCGCCAAACCGAAGAUCACAUACAUAGUAAACCAAAGCACUUCAGAGAUGGAGGAGCAAGUCACGCUGACUUGUGAAGCUUCAGGAGAUCCUACUCCCACAAUCAGCUGGAGCUACGGAGGGCGGGCCUUUGUCGAGGGAGAUCAGGCACCCCUUAACAGGAUCUACCAGGCAUCGUGGACUCGCCCUGAACAAUAUAAGAGCUUAGAUGGGAACGUUGUGGUGAGGAGUGACGCGCGCGUCUCCUCCCUCACGCUCAAGUUGGUCAAGUACACAGACGCGGGCCAGUACCUGUGCUCGGCGCGCAGCGCCAUCGGCGAGGACGAGCAGUCUGCGUUUUUGGAGGUCCGAUACGCCCCCAAGAUCCACGGUCCUGUAGCUGUGUACACCUGGGAGAGAAACCCAGUCAACAUGAGCUGUGAGGUGAAGGCUCAUCCCAUGGAAGUCAACAUUGCUUGGUUCAGAGACGGGCAGGAGCUGCCCAACAUAAACACCUCCAACAUUAAGGUCUUCAGGUCCUUGUUGGUGAGCUACUUGCAGAUCACGCCGGAGUCUGAAAACGACUUUGGGAGCUACAACUGCACGGCGUCCAACGAGAUGGGGACAGAGUCGAAGGAGUUCCUGCUCAUUCAGGCCGAGGUGCCAUCAUCUCCAUUCAUCCAAGAGGUGAGACCUUUUUCCACCACGGCGCAGAUGCAGUUUGAAGAGCCUGAAGCGAACGGAGGAGUUCCAGUUCUGAAGUACAAAGCAGAGUGGAGGACGCAAGGUCGAGGGAGCUGGCAGCACAGAAUCUUCGAUGCCCAAGACGGCUCGAUCACCGAGGUGACAGUCACAGGCCUGAGGCCAGAGACCAGCUACGAGGUGAAGCUGUCCGCCAUCAAUGGCAAAGGUGAAGGCGAAAGCAGCCCCGCCGAGUUCUUCAAGACGGAACCAGUCCAUGGCAUUUUUCAUAUUUUCUCUGAAGACGCAGGAAACCCAAACCCGCCUAAACUACAAGGCGCCCUCCAGUCCAAAGGCAACUCCUUCAAAGUGAGUUGGAUCAAGCAGGAUGACGGCGGCUCCCCCAUCUUACACUAUCUCGUCCGCUACAAACCAGCAAAAGACGCAAACUGGAAACCCGAAAUCCGACUUCCCAGCGCGAGCGUGCAUGUGGUCCUCAGUGAGCUGGAGUGGGACACAGAAUACAAUGUUCGUGUGGUGGCCGAGAAUCAGAAGGGCAAGUCUGACCCGGCGUUGAUCUCCAUCCGGACCUCGUCAGAACCCGCCGCCAUCCCUGAUUUGGGCGACGAGGCGGCGCUCUCCAUGGGCAUCUUCCUCUGGGCAGGGAUCCUUGUCGUGGUGUUUGUACUCCUGCUGCUGGCUGUCGACGUCACCUGCUACUUUGUGAACAAAUGCGGCCUCAUCAUGUGUCUCUGCGGCAAGUCUGGCACUGGCACCAAGGGCCACAACCUGGAGGAGGGCAAGGCUGCGUUCAUGAAAGACGAGUCCAAAGAGCCGAUCGUGGAGGUGAGAACAGAAGACGAGUGCACGGCCAAUCACAACGCAGCCGGGCCGACAGAACCCAACGAAACCACGCCGCUCACAGAGCCUGAGCUGGCGGCUUUCACUGCUGCUCUGGCACUGGACACGCUCUCCUCCGUAGCCACCAACUCUGACACGGCCACCGCGACCCUUGACCCCGCUCAGGACAGCCCCUCUAGCGAGACCACCACGCUGACUUGCAGUCUGUCCACCCCGGCCAAUGACCCCUCGCCCACGCCGCUGCCAGCCCCGGCCCCGACCCCAGAAUCGAACGCCGCCCCGCCGACUCCACCGAUUUCCAAUUCGGAAGUGGAAGCUAAAAUGGCACCUCUAGUGGAGGAAAGAGAAAAUAAACCUGCCGAGGAGCAGGAGAAGAAGACCACUCUUCCCAUCACCCCUGACCUGCCCAGACCUCAGAAAUCUGGAACACCAAUCCCGCCCAAGCGCAGACACUCCCCAAAACUUGCGGCGUUGAACGCCAUGAAAAACAGCCCCCCUGUAUCACCGCUAGCAGCGUCCCCUUCCCCCACCACGCCCACCAGGAAGCCGGCUCCCAGCCCACCUGUCACAAAGACCACCACAUCAGACAGUGAGACGCCAGCUCAGGCUCAGUCAGACAACACUGCCACAGACCCCAAAACGACCUCAAAACUAGGUGACCAAAACGUCCUUCCAGGUGACGCUAAAGCUAACAUUCCGUCAGCUCCCAAUUCAGUGGUUGCUGAAAAGGUGGCGGUAGAGCCCGCUGCCCCAAAGGUCACUCCCCAAAACCCCACAAGUCACCCCUGCGUCACACCCAAUAGCUUCAUAGCCUCACCGCAAGACACGUACGACUUCCUAAUCGACGACAUGGGUCUUAAAAACUCAGGCUUCGAGCUGGAGCUGAGUAACGGCACGGUGAGCCCCUGUCAACCUCCCCCAGACCUGAUCAGUUUAGAGAGCCCGCCCUCCGCCCCCUUCUUGCCCAACGGAGACGGAGCAGACCUCUCCCCUUCAGUUCUGGAGGCAUCAGAGACUCGAGCAAAGGCCGCUCCUCCUGUCAACGAUGAGUACGGCGCCCUCUAGAGGAAAAUCAAGCUGGAGGAGGAGGCGGAGCUAGCCAACGCCCUGACAGAGAUCACCGCGGAACACAACAGUGUCAUACAGACAAAAUCCACACAGAGCAAAGCGUGAUGGGAAGGAAGGCGCCACUUUUGAUUCAACCCCAAAAACAUUCUGAGAGCAGCGGCCCGCGCUGCCGGAGUUUUUGAUUUCCAGUGCCCUUAACCACACGUUCAUGAGUACACGCUUGUCUGUCGACGGAGCCGAGCUACAUCUGCAACCAAGACGUUCGAGCUCACCAAGAUAUUUAUUAUUUUUUUAUGGUUUUAUUUAACCUGCCGAGGAGUUUAGGGAGAAUCUCUAAUAUAUAUAUAUGUAUAUGUAUAUAUAUAUAUAUGAGCUGCUCAUGGAUUUGGGCUGUACGGAAGUGUAAAGAAAAAAAAAAAAGAAGAAUUUUAAGAGAAAUUAUUUUUCUUAUGUUGUACUGUUUCAAUGUGACACUGAUUUGUUUGGGAUUUUUAGCGUAGCUUGUUAUGCAUGUCAAAACCAGCAAGUUUAUUUUGGUCUGUCGUGGAGACGUGUCUUCCCGCGCAGACAUGCGCUGGCACAAGCGAAAACCCGGGCUGGAGUUCAACUCUGAAGACAGGCUAGGGAAUCCCCUCCCCCCACAGUUUGGAUCCACCCACUUCAAAUUGGCCGUCACCGCCUCACCGGCGUUCACCAAAUCUUUUGGCACAAGAAGAAAAAAGGAAACGUAAAAAAAAAAAAAGACUCGCCAGCGGAACUCUGAUUCCCAGCCGAGGACUGAGGAAUCAGGUGAAUGUCUCAUGAUCCCGAGCUCAAUACACACCACGCGAGUCUGCGAUAACCAUCCUCGCUCCGCCGCGGACCAAAGGCUCCUCCUCGUCACACUUUUUGGGAGGAUGAUAAAGAGCAUUUUUGUACUAUUUAAAAACUACAGAGACUUCCAUUCCUGCCUGCGAGCUUGUGCACUGUGCCUGUGUGUCGGUAGAUUGUCCUGUCACUGGUUUCCAUGAUAAUCUGCAUAGCUUUGUCGUGAGCUUCUUUCUUUUGGUUCAGAUGAAUAUAUAGCGAUAUCUACUGUAAAAUUAGAAGAAAAAAAAAAGUAUGAUCAAUGGACUAACGUGAUAAUUAUAAUAAUAGGUGUGGUGUAUUCAAUUGUCUGCGGUCACAGCGCUAUGUUAUUGCCAGUGGAAGGAUUUGAGCCGUGGCAUGAAUUCUAAAACUGCGAGGCCGAUCAACGUGUCCGGUUGGGUCCAUAUUGGAGUCUGUGAGUGUCUUUGGAGCCCGUUUGUGCGUGAACACAUACUGUUCUUAUCUUUUUUUUUUCUUUUUUUUUGUCUCUCCCUCAAUUGUUAAUCGAGUGUCCUGUACUGUGGUCUCUUUUUUUUUGCAUUCUUGUCUUUCUGUUCCCUUUUUUAGAAAAAAGAAAAACUCACCCAGCUUUACAGUUCAGGACUGAGACUCGGGAAGCAGGGCGGUCGUGAAAUGUUUGCUAGCUGGAUUACGGCAGGUGUGGAUUUAGAAUGCUGUUCAGGGUUCAACCCAGGAUUUUUUCCGGGUGUAGGGGGUGUGUCCAAUAGAGAAUGGGGCGGGCGACAGGGAAGACAAAAGCAGGGCAGAUUGAACGUCUUUCACCUUCACCCGACUUAGAUUUAGACUUAGGAUCCUACCUUAUAAGGCCAAGUCCUACUCAACUGACAUUGGAGUCUAAGCUGGGGGUUUCCCAUUAUAGCGAGUCCAUAUCCCAGCAUAGGCGGCCCAUAUGCUGUGAAGGGCGCUUUUACACUGUGGGUUCUGUCUCAAGACAAAGCUCUUUCGGCUCAGAAGUCAGAGGUGUCGUGGACUUGAUCCCGGCUGGAGAGCUCCACCUUAUCUCGGGAAACUCUCAGUGGGCAGUGAGCUUCUCGCCACAGGCGACUCGGCGCUAGAUGCCAGAAACUACGUGUACCUCGUGACGCCACACAAACAUGAUAAAUGCCGGGCAGUAAAGGGUCUGGUCGCUGUCUGGGCGCACAACAUGGUUCAAAAACAACUUCUCAAACACCCAGAACUCUGGGAGCUGCAGGAAAAUUGUGCUCGGGACUCGCGAUGUGUGCGGGUGUUUGUUCGCCUUUAUUAGGCUGAUAAACACCAGAUUUUAUUGACAGACAUAUUUGCUUAGAUGAAUAAUGCCGCGCUCUACAGUGACUGCUUUCACCGCUGAUCAGCUGUCUGCAUGUGGAGGACAGUGAAGAGGAAAGACGCAGCUCUCUCACUGUGUUCAACGCGUUGUGAGAGCAGCGUGGAUCAGUCAAGACGCUUCAUAUUACACAGCUUGGUUCCGCUAUUUCCUUGUAAAAUAACCAUGACAAGACUGUUCCAUGUUUAGUUUUGGCUGUGAAACGCCACAUUCUAUAUUCAAUAUCUGAGGUGAGGACGACUCGUCGUGCUAAGAAUUGGCAGAAAUAAGGAGGUCAAGCUGAUGGUGGUAAAUAGGUUGUUGCACGGCUCAUGACAACUUCCUUGAGACGUGCUUCGUUGUGAGCCACAAACCCACUAUUAUGAGCAGAGCGCCUCCAUCUGAGGAGGAAAAAAGGACAUGGCCUGAGGCACAUAUGUGCGAGGCUGCACAGCAGGGGGCGAAUCACCCGAGACAGAACCCGCAGGGUGAAAAGCCCCGAAGAAUCUGUUACAGGAUCAGGUCUGCACCCCCACAUUUAUGGCCACUGUUCCAGCAGCAGGUGAAUAUUUGGUGUAAACCACGAGACUUGACUGUAGGUCAGCGCUGCCAAAUGAAAACCCGUCAGAAGCUCUGUCAUCUCUCAGACACUCGGUGUAAAGGGGGAACUUCAACAGUCCAACAUGUAAGGUCAUUUUCUGAGACGCGACCAAAGACCGCGUCCAACUCAGAUCAGUUGUCAUGACAAUGCUGAAUCAGAGCCAGUGUUAUCAGCAGGAGACGUGGAGUAUAGCCACAUGUGAGACCUGGCAAUAGAUCAGAAGCCCGACUCAAACCCUAAAAUGGUGAGGCAACGACUCAUGGUGUUGCUCAUGAUGCUAACAUGCAGCAACAAAAGCAAUGCACUGCAAACGCGUAUGUCGGUUCAGAGAUAUUGUCCCUGCAGGAAGUGAAGGAAGUACCUUGACAGUGAAGGAGUUCGAGACUUGACCCAGUCGACAAAUAAAUGUGCGCGAGCAUUUUGACAAGGAAAGUGGCUCUUAGCUCCAUCGACAUCGACAUGCUAGUUUGUCUUACUGUGUGCUCUGUUGUGGGAACUGGUAUCAAACUGUGGGCUUGAGUUCAUGUAGAAUGCUCAUGUUUGGUUCUGGGAUCCAUUUUGUUAUUCGCCAGUGCGAGUUUGUCAGGAUCAAGUUCGCUGUCUUUCGCAGGUCGCCCGCGCGCUCAGCUUGACAAACAACUGUGACGUCAUUGCUGUUUACAAACCUCAAACGGGUCUAUAGAUCAAGAGAAACCAUAUCAGCCGCUCAGACUUGGAGAACGCGCUUCAAAAGUUGGCACUUGUUAAAAAAUGUGGUCUUACUUUGAGGAACUUCCUCGGCUCUCGGAGACUCAGCUUGGGAACAUCACCAUUCUAGCAGAACCAGAGAUGUGGAGUAGAGCCAUCUGUCUGACCUAGCAUUGGAUAGGAAACACAGGUCAGCCAUUGUUCCAACAUAUGUAACCCGAACCAUGUGCUAUUUCUUCCUAGCCAUUUUUUAUUGACACAGCCCAGAGUGGACUGAGCCGUGACCUAUGACCCCCUAGAGAACACAGUCAGCUGAGGUCAGUGGCCAGAAUCUCCGUUCAUGAAGGAGCUCUGUCAUCCGUCGGCGUGUCCCCGUGAUACGGUCAGAUUUUCUCUCUUGUCCCUCGCGCAUCAGUUGCUUCUCUUGUCAACAACUGACUGAAAGCGGUGAUCUGAGCUCCACCACCACCUUGCUUCCUAGUCUCCUCACUUCGUGGAACGGAUCCGUGUGUACAGUCGGACUGCUAACCCAUUUUCAAAAAAUAAAAAAAAACAAGGUUUCCAAAGCUAA